AUUUCAGCAGCUUUGUUAUGUAAUUAACGUGUGAUUAAUCCUACUAAUAAUUGCUGAUUAUUAUAAGACAACUAAACCGCUGCAAACGCUUUCUGACGUCGAUUCUGAAAAUCAAAUCCGAAGAACUCAAUCCAUCAUUUAUCGCGACCUAUUACGUCAUACCUACGUCACGACUACUACGUCAUUGACGCAUUUAUUCCAAGAUGCAAUCCCCAAUGCACCCGAUGCAGUUACAACUCAUCCACCAAUCAGCGGCCACCCAACAGAUGCCACAACCCACCCAUAUUCAAAUACAGUCCCCGCCCCCGCCACUCCCCAAACCGCAUAACUACCACCAGCAGGCGGUAGUGAGCCCACCGGGAUCCGCCUCCCCAUCAUCGAGUAGCAGUAGCCAGCCUACCACCAACGGCGCUGUGGUGCACGAAGAGGACAGGAAGGUGAGGGACAAAUGUCUUUACUUGAAACAGCUUCUGCAAGACAAGAAACAAAUCCAGAACCUCACCGGCUGCUUCUUACACCUUGAUAGGAUACUUGACGAAGAAAUCGUAAAAGUACGAUCGGUGUUAUUUCAAAAUGGAGACAAGCAACCUCUUGAACUUCCCCCUCCACAAGGGCCAACUAUAACUCUGACUGAGAAGGUGUACGUGCCUGUUAAAGAUCAUCCAGAGUACAACUUUGUGGGACGAUUGUUGGGACCACGAGGACUGACAGCAAAGCAGUUGGAACAAGAAACCAAGUGCAAAAUAAUGGUCAGAGGGAAAGGGUCCAUGAGGGACAAGAAAAAGGAGGAUUUAAAUCGUGGAAAGCCGAACUGGGAACACUUGAAUGAUGAACUACAUGUGUUGAUCACAGUCGAGGACACUGACAAUCGUGCCAGAGUGAAAAUGCAAAGAGCAAUGGAAGAAAUCCAAAAGCUUCUGAUUCCCACUGAAGGUGAAGAUGAAUUAAAGAAGAAACAGUUGAUGGAACUCGCAAUAAUCAAUGGAACCUACAGAGAUUACUCUGCAUUAUCUGGUCAACCUCGAUUGAUGACAGCACCCCACCAAGUGUUGCAAGCUCCAGCAUUGAGGUCACCCACACCAGGGCAACCGCCACUUAAUGUUUACAACCCCAUUAUAUCAAGACUACCUAACGGACAGACUGUAAUUUCCAAUGGAGUGGCCCAGCCCCCUCCCAUGAUUGCACCAACUGAUGGAUCACUGUUGUAUUACACACCAUUUGAGUAUCCACACUCAGCUCUUGCUCCAGCAUUGGAGUAUAAUAUAGUUGACACCAAUGGUUUACUAGGAGCAGCUUGCGGAACUAAAAUAGUUAGACCCCAAGCCGGUAACCGGGUACACCCGUACCAGCGGCCCCCAGCAGCCACUAAUUGACACAUACCUUCUGCAUAAGAAGAACCUGCAUGCGUAGAUCGCAUUAACACUUUAACAGCAACAACCAGGCCCUGGAGUUCCAUGAGAUUUUAAAUCGUUUGUGCACUAACUAAUACGUGCCUUUACGUUCCUAAAACAGUUACAUUCAAGUGCAUGUCUACCUGUAGAGAUAACUUUCAUUAAAUCCUUGUUCAGUGUUACCAAAUUUUUCGCCGAUAAAUGUUAAAAUCCGCCCCUUUUACCACAACACAAACACAACACAAACACAACACAAACAACGUUUUCAACACAUACACCACACAACCCUCCACACACCCCUAUCCCACCUAACCCUAACAGUUGGAUGCUACUACUUCAUUAUGCACUUGAUGGACGUAACAACUUCUAACACCACCCCCCCUGCUUCUUAUUGGUAAGCAUGUUCACCAAUAAUUAGAACAAAUUAAUUGGUUUGUGGCAAACUUUAGUUCAGUUCAGCUUACAAGCAAAUUUAGUGAUUCUUUAAAGACAAAACCAACUCUGGUAUAAUUCCUUGGAAUUAAUGCCAUUUGACUUGGUAUCCAAUUCAUAUAGAACGAUGUUGUGCAUUACAUUUAGCCUUUGCUGAUUUUCAACUUAAUUUGAAAACCAGUCUUGGCGAAAAAUCUGGAUAAUUAAUCUUUUAAUCCUGUUAAGUUUUAAACGGAAAAGUUUGCCCAAAGGUGAAGAGUUACUCUGAAUGUUUAUCUUUUAGAUAAACAAUUUUAUAUUAAACUUUAACCUUCCCAAGGGCAAGUUCAAAAUCCAUCAUGAUAACUUGAGUAAUUAGAAUGAACUUUGCCCUAAUGUAGACAAAUCAAGUUCAUGAUAAAGGAUAUGUAAACAGUUCUGGUUAAGUUGAAAUGGGUGAUAAAGUUUGUUUAAACAACAUUUAAACUUUACAUAAUGAUUGAAUGUGUGGAAGUGGCCCAAUCAGUUUUAGUGAACUAACAGUCUGUUAAUGAUAAAAUAGCAUUUGAAGUGUUGUUUAAUGACUCAAAGGUGGGGGUUCAUGUAUAUUUCGCAUUCUGAGUUCUAGUUUAUAUUGAAAUGGUGUCAUAUUAGUUAAGACUGGGAUUUAAACAAUGAAGCAGGUAUUUCCGAAUACAAACAUGCACUCAAAUUGAAUUGGCAUAACAGUAUUCAUAUUACACAUGAAGCUUAUUCCAUUUCCAUGUCAUUUUCUAUUAAUUACCUUCUAUUUUAAAGUGCCUUUCGAUAUCUUGUUAUUGUGGUAUCGUUCUGAGUAUCAAAAGUUUCAUAAUGUUAGUUUUAUUGCAAGCCAUUGGUUUUCAGCGCUCACAAAUUUAUUGGUAAUUGUUUCCAACUUCCAUUCAUUUUUGUAGUAGGUUGUUUCUUUGGUGCCUUACUGUAUCAAAGUUUGGCAGAAUUUUCUCCACAGACGAUAAAUAUUAUAACAUGUUGUUUAAUUAUUUGAAUUAAAUCUUUAACAUUCAACGGCACAAAGUAUAAGGUGCUGAAAUACUUUUGUAUUUUGUUACAAGUUUAUAUUCUUCGCUAUAAACUGUAUUUACCUGUUUGUAUUUUAUUCAUAUGAUUUUUAUCGUGUAUAAAACGACGUAAGUCGAAUGUGGCUUCUUUUCCAAGUUCCGUUACACACAAGAAAAGCCAAACUAUUGGCAAUUGGCCAAGCUAAAGCUGCCAAAGCCAGCUCUUGCCCGAACCCACAAACUUUUUACACGUCUUAUCUUUUCUAAGGUUUAUCAAUUAUCAGUAUUGAAAAAUUUCAAUGUAGUUUUAUAAAAUAAAGUAUAGACUCUCACAAUGUUGUUUUCCACUACAUAUUACCAUGACUGUAUAACCAAUAACUCUUCUUUUUUAACCAGAAAUUUUAAUUUUCUGUGUUCUGUUUUGUUGUAUUACAGUCCUAAUACAGUGCCGACUAAAUCCAUUAAAUUUGCUGUGUUAUAUGAUUUCUAUUAAUGCAUUUGAUGUGUCAACUAAUCCACUCAUGCCAACACAUCACUAACUAACAAGUGCUUUUUGAUUCAAGUUUUAAUCAUUCAACUUGUAGAUAAAUAGGCGCUGUAUAGCAAUGGGGAUAAUUAUACACUACAGCUUGCCCACCCAAUAAUGUAGCUUUUAUCAUUUGUAGAAUGCACUGAUAUUGUGCAUGAUAACUUUCCAUUGUUAAGAUUUGUUUAUGUGUUUAUAUUUGUGGCUUAAUCCUUUCUUUAUAUUGUGACAAAAUAUUCAUCUCCACAUAAAUGAUCAAGUUUAAUCCAGAAUGUUGUGUUUGUUACCUAACAAUGCUUGCUAUCGACUCACAAUGUACAUAACAAUGUUCCUUUGUAGUGAUGUAGUGUAAUGGUGAAUAAAUUGAUUUCUGUCACAACUAA